AUGGAUGCUACCAGCAAGCCUCACCAGAUCCCCCCCGAGAUGGGGAUCUAUGCUGAAAAGCACAAUAUCUUCCAGAUCAUGCAGGGCCUGAUGGAAGCUCUCCUCGUGUCCCGGCCAGCCAAGCCCAUUGACUUCAUGAUAGAACAUCUCAAGAAGAACAAUGAAGAGGUGCCAAAGGUCUUCAUUGUGGGGCCCCCGGCUUCUGGGAAGACCACCAUCGCCCGCUGGAUUUGUAAGCACCUCAGUGCAACAUAUCUUUACCCCAAGGACCUUGUGUUCAGCAAGAUGCUGAAGAGGGCCAGGGAGGCCGCGGCGUGCCAAGCACGUGGGGAGAAGAUCCCCGAUGAGCUGUGGGCUUAUCUUCUGCAGGAACGCAUGAGCGACGUGGACUGCGAGGCCUUGGGGUGGGUGGUGGACGGCUUCCCCCAGACCAGGAAGCAGGCCCUGGAGCUCCAGACCCUGGGUGUCCUCCCCCGGCACGUCGUGGUCCUUUAUGCCCCGGACUCCGUGCUGAUCGAGAGGAACCUGGGCAAGCGUGUGGACCCCUUCACCCAGGAGGUCUACCACACCACCUUUGAUUGGCCGGUUGACUUCAACCUGCAGAAGCGCUUGGUGAAGCCAGAAGACACCUCGGAGCAAGCCACCGCUCGGGGGCUUCUGGAGAGCCACCGCAACAUGCCCGGCAUUAUCCAGACCUACCAGGAUUGCCACAAGGCUAUCAACGCAGACCAGCCCUGCGUCGACGUCUUUGCCCAAGCGCUCAAUUUUGUGCAGAGCCGUCCACGCUCCAACGCCCCCUUCACUCCCCGCAUCUUGCUCCUGGGGCCUCCGGGCAGCGGCAAAAGCCUGCAGGCAGCCCUGCUCUCCCAGAAAUACAGGGUGGUCAACAUUUCCUUCGGGGACCUCCUACGGGAGAAAGUGGCUGGGAACACGGGUGUGGGGGAAUUCAUCAAGCCCUUUUUCGAAAAGGGGUACCCCGUGAACGACAACAUCGCCUUGCACGUCCUCCAGGAGCGGCUGGAGCAAGCCGACUGCCGCACCUACGGCUGGGUGCUCCAUGGCUUCCCUCGGGAUGUGGACCAGGCGCUGCUCUUCCGGCAGAUCGGCAUCGAGCCCAACCGAGUCUUCUUCCUCAACCUGCCCACCGAGGUGGGGCUGCAGCGCCUCUGCCAGCGUGCCACCGACCCCGUCAGCGGGGAAAGGUACCACACCAUCUACAAGCCGCCUGUGGAAGAGGAGGUCCACCAGCGCCUGCGCCGGCACCCCAAGGACGACCCCCUCCAGGUGGAGCGGAAGACGGAUAUCUACAGCAACCAGCUUCCUGACCUGGAGGAGCACUACGAGGACUCCAUCUGCCUCAACGCUGACCAGGACCCCUACACCGUCUUUGAGUACAUCGAGAGCUGCCUGGUCAAGCCCCUGCCCGUCUGUACGCUGUAA